UUUAACUACUUUCAGAAAUAAAAUUCCAGAAUGGUGCGGAAUCGAAAACGCAAAACAGAUAACCAUGGGCAAACGUCCGCAGAUUUAAUGAAAAGAGCUGUAAUCAUGGUGGGGGAAGGUAAAUCAAUUCGUGAAGUAGCUACGGCACUGAGCAUUUCCAAAUCAACUCUACAACGAUAUGUAACAAUUUCUAAAAAGAAAGGUUUGCAUGAUAUGUCACUGACACCAAAUUAUAAUAACAAUCAAAUAUUCAGUGACCCAGAUGAAAAUGAAUUGGAAAACUAUUUGUUAACAGCAUCCAAACACCAUCAUGGACUGACAACAACAGAAACGCGUCAGCUAGCAUUCCAAUAUGCGAAGAAAAACAAAAAACAUAUACCGAGUCAAUGGGAGACAAAUGCACGAGCGGGAGAAGACUGGUUCUAUGGUUUUAUGGCACGUCAUCCUCUACUCUCCAUCCGGAAACCUGAAGCCACCAGUAUGAGUCGGGCUACAAGCUUUAACAAAAAAAAUGUUGGAGAUUUUUUUGACAACCUUGAAAAUGUUAUGCUCCGUUAUCAAUUUGAACCUCAAUCAAUAUAUAACUGUGAUGAGACUGGACUCACAACGGUCCAUAAACCCCCAACUGUAGUUGCAUGCAAGGGAGCCAAACAGGUUGGGCAGGUUACAUCAGCGGAGAGGGGGACACUUGUCACCAUGAAUGUGGCUGUGAAUGCUCAGGGUAACUCAAUACCACCAUUCCUAAUAUUUCCUCGGGUACAUUACAAAGACUUUAUGAUCAAAAAUGCUCCCCCUGGAACUGUUGGUGUAGCACAUAACAGCGGAUGGAUGACAACUGAAAAUUUCGAAAUAUGGCUUGACCAUUUCAUCAAGCACAGAAGGUGUUCUUUGGAAAAUCCUGUACUGCUAUUAAUGGACAACCAUGAUAGCCACAUUUCAAUCAAUAUCUUGGAUAUGGCCAAAGCAAAUGGAAUUACCUUGUUAACCUUCCCGCCGCAUUGCAGUCAUAAACUACAGCCACUAGAUAGGACUGUAUAUGGCCCCCUUAAAAGAUACUAUAAUGCGGCUUGUAACUCCUGGCAAAUGAAUAACCCUGGAAAGCCAAUGACCAUUUAUGACAUUUCAGAGAAUCUAGGUCAAGCAUUCCCCAAGGCAUUUGUUCCUGAGAACAUCAUUGCAGGAUUUCGGGUUGCAGGAAUUUGCCCUUUCAACAGAAAUAUUUUCCAUGAUGAUGAGUUUCUGUCAUCAUUUGUCACAGACACAUUGCCUGUGGAGUCUAAUCCUGCUGAGCCUAUUCCUGCAGAGCCUAUGCUUCAAGAGAUUGGUCGAAAUGAGCCUGAAGAUCACCGAAAUGGUAAAACCCCAGGAGUCAUUGAUGUGCUACAGCCCGCUUUAGAACAAACCGAAUGCAUAGCACUCUCUGAAGGUGGUUCAAGAGAAACAUCUGAUGUAUCACAACCUGGAACAAGUGGCGAACCUUCUACUCGGUUUAACCCAACAGGACAUUUUUCACCAGAAGUUGUGCGCCCCUACCCAAAGGCUGCUGCAAGGAAAGGAACCACUGGCGGUAGGAAAAAAGGAAAGACAUUAAUUUUAACAGACACCCCUGUAAAGCAAAACAUUGUAGAAGAGAUCAGACUGAGAGAAGCGAAGAAGAGUAAAAGGUCUAACAAUGAACCAAAGAGAAAGAAAGUAAAGAAAACAAAUGUUCCUUCAGAUAGUGAGGAGGAUGACGAUUCAAUCCCACUCAGUGCUACUGAUGAUGAUGAUGAUUUUGAGGAAUCCUUUGAAUCUGAUUUGGAUGAAGAGGAAACACAAGCACCAUGUAAAGAUGAUCUGAAGACUGGCGAUUACAUUUUGGUCAAAUACACAACAAAAAAGAAAUGUUGCAACUUUGUAGGUGUGAUCCUGGACGAGAUUAAUGAUGAUGACAUUGUUACGGUGAAAUUCCUUACUCGUCAAAUGACCAAAAAGAUGGGAGCCAUGUUUAUAUUUCCAGAAAAGGAUGAUAUUGAUGAGGUUGGGUUUGAAAAUGUUGUUCUCAAACUACCAAAGCCAACCACAGCAGGGGGUACAAAACGCACAGUGAAGCAGUUCUUUUUUGAUGUCAACUUAGACCAGUAUUUCUAGUUUGGCAGUAACUAUUUCAUCACAUUCAAAGUUAAAUGACAUUGCAAUAAUAUGUCUAGUCAUCUCAGCAGUGUUCAUUGCUACUUGAUGUUAGAGGUCAUAUACAUUUUUUCGUUACUAUUUAAGUUGACCUUUGAUUUGGCUAAUAUUUAAAUUAGCUCCUUUAAAGAUUGAUAUGUACUUAUAUAUAUAACAGCUGGAAGCUUUUUGGUUUGAUUUUUGUUUACAUCAUUUCUAUUCAAAGUAGGUAAAUAGGCCUACUGGAGGUUUUCUAGUGUGCAUGUAGUUACAUGCCGAACAGUAAUUAUCAAUCUGAGGUGUUUUCAAAGUCAUUUUUAAAAUUAGGUUUACUCCCAUAAAUGAGUUUUAUCUUUUGAAGCUAUUUGAAGGCUGAUAGUGUGCUUUUAUUAAUUAUUUUUUGUUGUUUCUGCAUUUGUCCCAAUGCACCCCAGAAGUGUCCCAGUGUACCCCAUGCCUGGGGUGCAUUGAGACAAAUUUUAUUACUUUUUAAAACAAGUUUUAUCAUGCAAGUUAAAAAGAUAUUUAACUUUUGAACAUGUAAAUCUUGGCAGAUAAAGCUUUUUAAUUCUAUCUAUUUCUUAU